AUGGCAGACCAAUCGUCCAACUGGCCAUUGGAUGAGCAGCGGCUGAAUCUGUUCCCGAAGAGUUCGGGCCCGCCUGGUCCGCCGGACCUCAGUCUUCAAGCCUACAUUCGACGAAGGGUGGGGUAUGAGGUGGAAGCGGCCAUGACGGAAAUGAGAGCGAGACAGGAGGCCAGCCUCCCCAGUCGUGUUGCUUCGUUUCUUCCUGCUUCUGGUAUAGAUGAGCCUCCCUUGCCAGUGUGGGCCCAACCUCCCGAUGAUACGCUGGAUGCAACGACAGCAAGGACAACUUUGUCUGCUCAUCGGCAAGAUGUGACGAUUGCGCCUUCGGCCCGUUCCCCUCCCCCUUGUCCUCCGCCGUCUCUGUUGACGUUGGCUGCCGGAGGUACUUCGCUGACCAUUCAUGAUGCCAGCCUGGCAGAGCGCGUGUUGAGUCGCGGACUACAAGCUUUUUGUGAAGCAGCUUCGUCCUCCACGAGUUCUCAUCGGAACAGACGUCGUCGCAGUGAGCGCUCUCGUUCCCGUUCUCCCUUGGUACGAGUUCGACCGCCCCAACAUCCACAGGGCCUCGGUUCAGGUCAGAACCAAAGUCUCCCCGAUUCAUAUCUGGGUUCACAGGCAGCCGGCACAUCUACAGUCAUCGCGGCGUUCUCCGACAGUGUGCUUGCUCGUGGGCCAGCGCUUCCUGAGCCAUCGGAAGUCUGGCAUCCAUUACCCACGCUACCGAAUCAGCCGGAUAUUCGCUUUCAGUAUGUGGGAUCCCCGGCAAUGUUGGCAGGAAGAACAGACGUGCAGCAUGUGAUAUGGCCUUCUUUUCACUGUCUUCACCCGGUUGCAGGCCUAGUUGUUGAACAUUUUGACCCAGCCAACACGAAAGCUUCCCAUCCGUUGUGGAAAGCUGUGCAACGACUCUUGCAGUUUUUCCGAUCCGCCAUUCUCAAUGAUCAGUUCAGGAUCAGGGCAGCCUUUGAGAUCAACUCCCCUGCCCCGCCUUUUGGAGGAGCGCAGUUGCAAGAACGUUGGUUAGCUGCAGUGUUGUCGUCAGCCGAUGCACAAGCCCGUUACAACUGA